UGUCCUCCCCAAGUCUUCCCAAAAUGCUGUUCUGGGUCCUCCCAUGCACCUGCAGCUAGAGCAUUUCAAGGGCAGGGUUUGGUGGACUUUACAUAGUGCAGCUCACAAGCAGGUUCUCAGUGGAUACUGGACUGAGUGGAGCAGAAAAUCGGCUCUCCCUGCACAUGGAAGAGGCAGCAAACUCGUCCCCAAGGACACAUUUUGCCUCCGGAAGGAAAGGACUCGCCCUCCUUCCUCCCUACCAGCAUGGUGGGCUUUCCCUGCUAGCCAGGUGCAAGCGGCUGUGACUGGAGAGCUCUCCUUGGCUCCACCCCCUCUUUUCUCCCCAACACAGAGCAGUUUUCCAGCUCCUGCAAGAUAGGAGUCAUCUCAACAGCACCGCGGACACCCGACACCAGGUGCUCGGCACACCUGCACGGCCGGCCCAGACUGGUGCCUCCCUCCGCGGCAUGGGCUCCUGGCUCCUCACCUCUGCCACGCAGGCCGCCCUGCUCCUCACCCUGGUCCUCGCCUCCUGCCACCCGGCAGGCUGCGCAGCCAGCAGCAGCAGAAACUCAACCUUGACGACCCACCAUGUAGACCCAGGGACCCUGGAGCACUGCCCCAACGUCGACUUCUGCCCACAAGCAGCCCGGUGUUGCCGUGCAGGUGUGGACGAAUACGGCUGGAUUGCAGCCGCUGUUGGUUGGAGCCUCUGGUUUCUCACCCUCAUCUUGCUCUGUGUGGACAAGAUGAUGAAGCUGACCCCAGAGGAGCCCAAGGACCUGCGAGCAUGAGACUUAAGAGUCGCAGCCCCAAGGAUGGCCAUCACCACCCCUGUGCAGAUAGUGGACAGAGGAGGAGUGCAUCUGUUGUUUAAGUCAUUUUCCCCCUAAAGCUUCAGCUCACUCCUUCACUCCUUCAUUUUUUUACUGCUGGAGAUCAAACCCAGGGCCUUGCACAUGCUAAGCGUGUGCUCUGCCACUCAGCUACAACCCCUGGACUGAGGCCCAGCUGGGAUUCCCUGUGGGCACAAAGGAGGGAACAGAAAGCUGAACAGCAAGUUUCAGAGAAGAAGCUAACAACAGCUGAGAUCUAGUUUAGAGAAAGACUUAUUUGGGUAUACUUUGCAAAUAAUGAGAAACAGAUGAAUUCUCCAUCAACCUAAUUGCUUGCUCCCUUGCCUAAGUUGAAUAAAAGCAAGAUGAGCCAGACAUCUAGGCCUCUUUGUCCACUAGAGGCAAAAGCCCCCUGUCCCCUCUUUCAAAAU